AUGUUUAAAUCGCCGUAUGCGUUGUCAGCAAACAUGUCUUCGAUGGAUGGUGAUCGUGGUGAUUUCGAUGACGAUCAUGAUAGGGAUGAGGGCUUUCCAGACGAAGAUCCUCCGUUUCAGUCAGAAAAUACCUUUUCGGAUGAUGGGCGAUAUCAAGAUGAUAUGCGGUACCCAGAGGAUCGUUAUCCAGAUGAUUCCCCUGUGCAUAAACAUGAUGACCGUUACCCAGGUCCCGGACCCCGUCAUAUGAGAAUGAUGAGGCCUCAAUUUCGUCCAAGAUUUCAGGGUGGCUACAGGGGGCACCCACGAAUGCAGAUGCAUGGUGGCGGUCGAGGGAAUUUUAUGCGAUCAGGAAUGGGUCCACAUCGUGGUCCCCAAUAUGAUGGUUACGGUCAUCCUAUGGGCAUGAACCGAGGAUACCCACCAAGAUUUAGUCCACAGUAUCCUGGACGUUUUCAAGGCAUAAGCGAAGACCAAAUGGAUGAGCAAAUGGACGAAACGCAUCCUUCCGGCGACAUGAACUAUCCAGGUCACGGGGAUAUGCCGAUGCCCCCUAACGCGUAUCCUAAUAUGCAGCACAUGCGCAUGCGCGGUCCACCACCUCAAUUCAUGCCACCUAACAAACAGAUGCCUCCUGACCACCAACAACCAGGUGCUCUCCCACCGGGUUCUGGCGGGCACCAGCCCUAUGGUACAAACAAUUCGUUCAAUAGUCCACCUGGGUCUCAUUAUGGUGGACCACAGGCACCUUAUGGUGGACCUGGAGCUCCUUAUUCCGGAAACCAAAACAAUCAACCCUUCGGAGCUCCACCGUUCAAUGGCCCUCCUGUGUCUCAGUUCGGCGGUCCCCCAUACAAUGGCCCUCCAGUGUCACAGAUGGGUGAUCCCGGUUCAAAUCUACCAUCAGGACAGCAGUUUGCUCCACCAACUAGGCCAUUUGGAGCACCUCCCGCUGGCCCCUUUCCCGUUCCUCCAACCGCGCCUUAUGGCGGCCCAGGGUCCAACUCGCAACCCGCCGGGUCUUACAAUGGCCCUUCACAAUUUGCUGGGGCUCCAACCGGACCUCAAAGUGCUUCGUCGCAGGGCACCCCAUCAAAUGUCCAGAACAAUCUGCCACCAACUCUAGCCAACCCGCCAGUCCCCGUCGCACCCCCAGGUGGUGCGCCCGCGCCUGUUUGUCCCCAGUCUGCAACUCAGUCUCCAGCCACACAAACGUCUGCUCAGCCUCCCGCUGCUGCUCCUCCAAUCCAAGUAACUCCAGUUGCGCAACCAGUUUCAAAUGUUCCACCACCGUUUACCUACCCGACUCCUGUUCCAACUGCUUCGGACGGUUCACAUUUUGGUCUUCCACCACCUUGUUUCCCUGCGAUGCCUGCUCCACCCAGACCCAUGGCUGUGCAAGCUAUUCCGGGACCAGGAAUGCCUCCUGGUACAAGUCUACCGUGUCCAACCAUGCCACCUAUGCCAAUGAUGGGCCCUCCACCCAUUCCUGGAAUGCCUCCCAUGCCACAUCCUUUGUCUCAUUUCCGUCCACCCAUGCCUUUCAUGCCGCCUGUAAUUCCUGUUAACCCUUUUCCCCCGACUAUGAUGCAACCUAGGAUCGUCGAUGACAUUUGGGUGGAGAACCUUACAGCUGAGGGGAAGUCGUACUAUUACAACAUGCGGACUCGUGAGACCCGCUGGGAUAGACCUGAGGGAGUCACAGUGGUGCGCCAAGGUGAGGUAGAAGGCACAAUAAAGCCGGCAACAACGUUGCAAAUGACUACGGCAUCGGUUCCAACAAGUGUUGCCGCACCAUCUGUCCCUCCAGCUACUCUCACCAAACCUCCUGAGGUCGCAGUUUGGACUGAGUAUCAUAACCAGGAUGGCAAAGCCUAUUAUCACAAUGUAAAAACAGGGGAGACUACAUGGGAAAAACCAAAGGUGUUGAUUGAUUGGGAAAAGCAACAGUCAGAGCCAAGCAGUCAAAAGACUCCAGAACAACCAAGCCCAUCUACAACGACAAAGACAGCAGCUACACCAACAACUGUCGCUAUUCCUACGACUGAAAGUAAAAAGACGGUUGUACCUGAUUCUAAUGAAAAUCCUAAACCUGCGGAAACUUUGAAAUCUGAUGCUAUUGAAAACGGAGUCUUAGAGUCAAAUGAGCAAGAGUCCAAAGCAGAGUCAGGCAAGACCUCAAAGGAUAGUAGUCGACCGGUAUCUAGCACGGCUGUUCAUGGGACUCCAUGGUGCGUUGUGUGGACUGGUGAUGGUCGCGCAUUUUUCUUCAACCCAAGUCAGCGGCUCUCUGUUUGGGAAAAACCUGAUGAACUCAAAGGUCGGACAGAUGUCGAUCGUUUACUCGAAAAGCAACCAAAUACAUCAUUGUCGGGGAAUACUACCUCACCUCAAGCAAACCCUGCGGGUAAUGACAAUGAAUCUGAAGCAGUUGAUGGAAACCCUGUCCCCAAAAGACCGCGCCUUGAAAAUGACGAAACUAAUGGUCCUGCAAGUGAAGUAGAAGCACCUACAGCUGUUGAACAGACAGAUGAGAACGAUGCAGAUAAGUUAGGCAAUUCGUUGGAUAAGAUCCCCAUUGGACUAGAAGCUGCCAAAGAAGCUGAAGAAAGGGCCGCCAGGGAAAGGGCUGUACAACCGCUGGAAGUUCGUGUACGACGGUUCAGGGAGAUGUUGGUCGAAAUGCAGGUGUCGGCGUUCUCCACCUGGGAGAAAGAGCUACACAAGAUAGUGUUUGACCCACGCUACCUGUUACUUGCAAGUAAAGAAAGAAAGCAGACAUUCGAGGCCUAUGUUAAAGAGCGUGCAGAAGAAGAACGACGUGAAAAAAAGAGCAAGCUCAAAGAAAAAAAAGAAAAGUUCAUCGAACUUAUGGAUGAGGCUGGUCUAAAUUCGAAAUCGUCGUUUGGAGAUUUCACUUCAAAGUUUUCAAAGGACGAUCGCUUUAAAGCAAUCGAGAAAUCCCGUGAUCGUGAAGCCAUGUUCCAAGAUUAUUUAGUAGAACUACGGAAACGUGAGAAAGAGGACAAGCAUCGUGAAAAAGAAAAGGUCAAAAUUGACUUCUUCAAUCUGUUGAAAGAACAAAAAAGUAUCAAUCGAUACACUCAUUGGACUGAUGUCAAACGCAAGUUGGAUACUGAUCCUCGGUAUAAAGCUGUAGAUUCUUCUUCGAAAAGAGAAGAUUGGUUCCGAGAAUUUAUUCGUAAACUUGAUGAUGUUCCCGUCGUUCGAGAAGAUAGUUAUACGAGAAAAGAACGAGAAAAAAAGGAACGGCAAGAAGCAUCCCUUAGGGAACGUGAGAAGGAAGUGAAGGAGGCAUUAUCGUCUUCGUUGAGGGAAAGAGACAAAGAAAGAGAACAGCAUUUGCGCAAUGAACAGGAAACAAACUUCCAUUCAAUGCUGCAGGAUAUGAUUCGUGAUCCUAGUCUGUCAUGGAAGGAAGCCAAAAAAUUGCUCCGUAAAGAUCCUAGAUGGGAGGCUGUUAGCGAUGUGUUCGAACGAUCUGAACGAGAAGAGAUGUUUAAGGAACAUAUCAAUGGAUUGUCUAAAAAAUCUCGCGAAAUAUUUUAUCGACUGUUGAACGAAAUUGAAGGAAUUUCUUUUGAUUUGUCGUGGAAAGAAGCAAAGAAAAUUAUAAAUACCGAUCCUCGUUUUGAAAAGAUUCCGAAUGACAGAAAGAAAGAAUCCGAAUAUUUAUUGUGGGUAGAUAUGAAAAAAAGUCAGGCGAAAGAAGCCUUUAAGGAACUACUGAAGGAAACCAAAAUAAUUAACACACGAACCAAAACAACCCUUGAAGAGAAUGAAAAUCACAUUUCAGACAUUAUGGAGGCUCUUGAGAAAGAUAAAAGAUUUAUCGCCUUGGAUGCUUUUGAGGAUGAACGUAAUGCUUUGAUCGAAGAUUAUAUCGAUAGUUUAGACAAAAGACGCACCCCAACUCCAUUGUCGAUGUCAGGAAAAGAUUCCAGUCGCCGAAUACCACUGCCUAUCAGUGAUAUGAGCAGGACAUCAGAGUCACAUGAGCUGAAUUCAUGUUCGGCGAAUUCAAAAGAAGGUCAUUUUUCAGACAUACUGCAAGAUGCUUCGACUAUGAAUGAUUUUGUUCAGUCAGAAGAAAUUUCUCAUUCAUUAGCUAUUGAUAAUCCUGUUGAAAGUAAUGACAAUGAUCUCCAUGAAAAAGAUGUAGAAACUAAGACAAACGAUCUAUUUCAUAGGAAUGAUUAUGAAUUCUUGGGAUUAUUAGAACAACAAACCACUAAUAAAAAGACUCGAAUAAAUUGUUCAAAUCUCAAUGAUUCAAUCAUGUUAAAUUUCGAUCCGUUAAUGAGUGUCUCAAAAGGUUAUGCUUCUCCACAGCUUUGUGAAUCAGUUGAUCAACUUUCUGAACAACUCAUCACAAUAACUCCUGAACCGUCCAACAGUAAUAUUACCAUCAAUACAUCAUAUUAUAAUCGUACAGGUCAUUUAAUAAGUCCUAUCGGCAAUGAAGAAUUGCUUAACGUCGCUACAGCAUCACCUACAAUGAUAACAGCAACAACAUCAUCGUCAAUAUCUGCAACUAAAUCAACCGUGGCACCUCUCUCACCUCACGUCAAUGUUGAUCAAUUUAAUUCACCUUGUGAUGAUUUAAUUCAGCGUAUUAUAACUACAGUUCCUGUUAGAACAACUUGUUCUACAGGUGUUGAAUUGCUCAGUUCAUCUUUUUCUACACUUGCGAACAAAUCUUCUAAAACCUGCGCAGCUGUCACAUCAAUUACAAACGCUACCACUAUCUAUUCACCAUGGAGACAUCGUAGUGUUUUAAAUCAAGCUUUAGGUGGAGGGGAUGGUGAUGAUGAAGGAGGUAACAGUUCACCGGAAUGGGCAUCUUUUUCAAUACUCAAUGAUAAUAAACUGCAGGAAAUCAAUAAAAUACGGCAAAGUCAACUCGAAUACAAUGAUGGUAACAAUGAUAAUAAUUUGUGCGAGAAUAUUUCCAAUAACAAUAAUAAUAAAGAAGAAUUCGAAUCUAGUGCAAGAAAGAAUAUAGAGAAUACUACGGAUUUUCAUAAUUCCAUUCAUAGAAUGACAGAAUCGUCAGAUUUAGAUCUACUCGUCAAUAUGUUAGAUCGUGUUGAAAUGAAAGAUGAUUCUAUGCAACAAAAUGAUAAAUCAAUAAUUGUAACGCAGAUUGUUCAAAAGUGUGAUCUGCCUAUCCAUGAACAUAAAACUCCAGAAAUUCAAUCUUCUAAAUCUGUUACUUCAUCUUUGACAUUUGAUAUAACGAAAUCUGAAAAGAUGUUAGAUAAUGAAAAAUUAGUCAGUAAACCACAAAUAUCAAACUUGACAUCAACACCAUUCCAUCUUAACAAAUCAAUGUGUAUACCGGAGGGCAUUCAACAAACUAAUGCAUUAAAUGUUCCUUACAAUACACCUGAAUAUACUGUCAAUCGUAAUACAGAUAUCGAUACUACACCGUAUACUAAAGAUACUGGUGGUAUUUCUGGAUUUUUAUCAAAAGCUGCACGGUCUGUUUACUCACGUCUUAUGUCAUCUGGUUCAUCACAGUUAGCACUGAAAGAUACUCCAUUAGUAAAUAAACAGCAAAGUAUUAAUGAUUCAUCGAAAUCAUUAAUUGAAUCCUGUUCGGUAGGUAAUAAAGCUGAAUCAGUUAAAAGGGAAUUAAGCAUUGAACAAGAGAAACAUGAAAGAGAACAACACCAACAACAAUCUUGCUUAAAUGUAACAUCAUUUGUUCAGUCUGAACAAAUCUCUCAACAAUUAUUGGAUGAUGAGGAGACAUGGAAAACAGUCAGUUCCGUACAUGAUCUGAAUGGUUCAAUGGAGAUAUCUAGUAAAAUGGAGAUAACUGGUAGCUGUACUGAUGGUGAUGGUGCAAUGUUGUUAGGAAAUAAAGAAAAUACAGAAUGUUUGCAGUUGUAUAAGACUGUACAUGAAGAUAUUGAUGAUGUUAGCAUGAAAAGCGAAAAUACAUCAUCAACAUCAAAUCUAUCACGAUCACCAUUAAAAGAAUUAAUCAAUAAUAAUAAUAAUAAUAAUAAUAAUAAUAAUAAUAAUAAUAAUAAUAAUAUAAAUGAUGUUAAUAUCCCUGACAACAAUAUUACUAAUAAUGAUUUCAAUAAUAAUCAAUCAUGUCAUGAACAUAAUGGAAUUACCAUUACUGUUCCUCCGGUUUCUUCUUCACCUACAAAAUCUAAAUCAUUCAUUUCAAUUAAUAAUAAUAACAGUAAUAUAAUUGAAAAUCCUGAAAAUAUUGAAAUGAGCAAACAAAUCUUACGUGAUGAAAUUGCUAAGUUGAAAAAUGAAGCAGAUUUAUGGAAGUCGGUACUUAAAGAUUAUCAAUCCACUCAUAACACAGCUGAAACAAUCAUAUCAGAAUGUCAAUUAGUAGAAACUACGAAAAUCAUGCAUUUAAUCGAAGAACGUAAUGAAACAAUGGAUCAAGCUAAACGAAUGCUUGCUGUACAUAAGGAUAUGGUGCAUCGUAUUGAACGUGCACAAAAUGUAUUACAAUUUGCGAAAAAGAAACAAGAAUCUUUAAAAAUCAAUUUUGAUAUGAUACAUUCUAAUAUUAUAACAAUUCAAGAGAAAAUGAAUAAUUUCAUCAAUUCAUAUAAACAACAAUUAAAUACUACUUUAAUAAAUCAAGAUAAACAAAAUGAAUUUUAUGAAAAAAAAUUAAAUAAAUUAACUUAUGAACGUCGUCAAAUUGAUAUGCGUAUUAUAUCAUUAACGGAAGAAAUUAAACAAAAGGAUUUACAAAAUAAUGAAUUGAAAACAAUUAAAGAUCAAUUACUUUUAUCACCAAUUCGUUAAGAAUUCACAAACGGUAGAAAUUGUUGCUAAGUCUAUGUUUUCCACUUAAUUAUUCUUAUUAAUAAAUAGUGUUGCAUUUCAGUUGUCGAUUACGUUUAGAUUUAAUUAUAUAUCUAUUUUUUAAUAACUUAGAUCAGCAUUUAGAUGUUAC